AUGGGAGGGUUCCAACAAAGGAAAGGCGCACAGGCUCACGACUCAAUUGAAGCUGAACCCGAUUUAUGCGAGAACAAUGGCGAAACAGAGGAGACGAGACUUUUGGAGGCGGAAGAAGCCACUGGGAAUGGGCGUGGAGCAGUGCUUCUCACAACACCAGAGGCGAUCGGGUCUGGGCGGCCUGCUGCUGGUUCAGACACGCCGGAUGAAUCGCACCAGCUGAGCGAGCAGCAGACGAAGCAGAACAAGGAGACAGUGUCGUGGAAAGACCUCCCUCGGAAGAAGCAACUUGUUGUCAUCACCCUGACAAGGCUCUCCGAGCCUCUUGUCCAAACGAGCCUGCAGGCUUACAUGUUUUAUCAACUCAAAUGGUUCGACCCAACACUUUCGGACGCGGUGAUUUCGAGCCAGGCGGGUGUCUUGCAUGCUUCCUUCACGGCGGCCCAACUUCUCACAGCCAUGAUGUGGGGUCGUGUCGCUGAUUCGAGUCGAUUUGGCCGCAAGAAGGUCAUUCUGAUCGGCCUGACUGGAACCAUGAUAUCGUGUCUAGGUUUUGGGUUCAGUAAGACUUUCUGGCAAGCUUUAAUGUUCCGAUGUCUCGGGGGCGUGACGAACGGUAAUGUGGGCGUCCUGAGGACUAUGAUCAGCGAGAUCGUGAGAGAGAAGAAAUAUCAAUCAAGAGCAUUUCUUUUGCUCCCAAUGACAUUCAACAUUGGUGUCAUUAUCGGGCCAAUACUCGGAGGAGUACUCGCAGAUCCAGCAGCUAGCUAUCCGGACGUCUUUGGCAAAUCAACAUUCUUCCUGAAUUUCCCCUACGCAAUGCCGAAUCUUGUCAGCGCUUUUUUUCUGCUGUCUGCGUCCCUGACAGCCUGGCUGUGUCUGGAAGAGACGCUCGAUGCACGGGCUGACAAGAGAGAUUGGGGCAUUGAACUGGGCAACGCAAUCGGCUCAGCCAUCUCUGCUCGCCUAUCUCGCAACAAGCUCGCCGCCGGGUACACUCCCUUGGCCACUCGCGAGAGUCUCAGAGCCAGUAUCGAGAUGUCACCUUCGCGGACCCCAUCACCGGCAACACCGACAACUUCACACUCCUCGAAGCCGGCCAAACGACAACCACGCUACACCCAGCGCCUGCCAUUCCGGCGCAUCUUCACGCGCAACGUAUGCGUCACCCUGCUAGCGCGCUUCUGCCUCGCGUUCCACAUAGGCACGUUCAACAGCCUCUGGUUUGUAUUCCUGUCGACGCCGGUCUACGACCCAAAAAGUCCGUCAGCCCCGGACCGCCACCUCCCAUUCCUCUUCACCGGCGGCAUGGGGCUGCCGCCCGCCAAGGUCGGCACGGCAAUGGCGGUUCUCGGCUUCCUGGGCAUCACGCUGCAGCUCUUCGUGUACCCCACCCUGUCCGCGCGCCUCGGCACCGUGAGAUGCCUGCGGAUGUCCCUCAUCUGCUUCCCCGUCGCUUACUUCCUUGUCCCAUACCUAUCGCUCGUGCCGAGCACCACGGAGCCCCCGGCCCCGAAGUCAGGCCCGGCGAUGUGGGUCGCCAUCUCGGGGAUCCUGCUUUGCCAAGUGGUCGGGAGGACCUUCGCGUCGCCCAACAUGGCCAUUCUGGUCAACAACUGCUCGCCGCACCCGAGCGUCCUCGGGACGUUCCAUGGCCUGGCGCAGACUUGCAGCUCGGCGGCCAGGACUGUAGGGCCGGUGCUGUGUGGGUUCUUAUAUGGCAUUGGGCUGGCGAACGGGGUCGUCGGUGGUGUGUGGUGGGGGCUCAGUAUGUGGGCCGCCAUGGGAUGGCUGACGAGUUGGUUGUUGAAAGAGGGCGAUGGACACGAGAUCUGGCUGGAUGGCGACGAGGAAGACGAGGGAGUAGAAACGACGAAGAGAGUCUAA